AUGGCUGAGCAGGGGAGGAUAGUCAUGCCGACUGUUGGAGCAACAGGCAGCAGGGGACGACUGACCGGCAACACAGUCAGACGAUACAAUACUUCUUAUGACCUAGGCAGGGCUCAUUUCACUUCUUACCUCGGACUACCCAGCGGGACGGGUUUCACAUCAAACCAGAGACCAGCCAUAUAUUACAGGCCCAGUAUGGACCACAUUGACAACCCUCAGUUUGGACUAUCUCUGCUAUCUGACAGUUUCACGACUCAAACUAAACAACACUACCAGCUUCACGUCCGGUCUGAUUGUAUGGGGUCUUUGCCAAACCUCAUUAACAAACCCAGAGACAGCGGCUUCUAUCAGCUGAGGAUUCGACCACAAGCAGAGACUAUGGAGGAAAAGACAGAAUACCAAAGAUUGUUUGUGCCACAUCGUCUCACACCAACAGUUUCCCAGAACCAUGUGACCGUGGGUCCAAUAGGAGAAAGUGGUUUCACUGAGGGAACAGACCUUCAACUAAACACAUUUCAGGACAAAAGAAACUGCCUGGUUGAACCUCUCCAGACUCCCGGCUCAGUGAUGAAAAAUGACUUCACGGCACCGUCAUUUCUGCAGGGCACUGAGGCGAGACCGAGCCUGUGCAACAGCCAUUUCUCUCGAGAAACAGGAUUCACUCGAGGUGCCAUCGCUCCCUUGGCCUGCCCAAGCUCCCUUCUGCCCUCGCCGCAGACUAAAAGUAAUUCACCAACUGAGAAGACCAUUGGAAAAAAGGAGCCCACAGGGUCUCUUCGCAAUGCUCCAAACAACCAGGCUUUCCCUAACACACCUUUUGAUUGUUCACACUUUAACACACACUAUAAAAGCACGUUUUGUCGUGAUGCAGAUUAUGAGAAGGUGAAAACUGGCCACACUUGUGCAGGAAUCAUCAGUGCGAAAAUGGACAACGGCUACAAUCGUCGAGACAUGGACAGGUUCAUCUUUAGGGGCUAG